AAGAAUGAGUUUGGCAUUGGUGAUAAUUUUGAGCUGUAUCUGUGGAAUUCUUGGUUCCAACGAAAAUCAGCCCAUGCAGAAUCAGCCCAUACAAAAUCAGCCCAUGCAGAAUCAGCCCAUACAAAACCAGCCCAUUCAGAAUCAGCCGAUGCAGAACCAGCCGAUGCAAAAUCAGCUUAAACCGAACAUCCAACAAGCUAGGGAGCAACAUCAAAAUCUAGGCCCACCAAGAUUUAAGUUCGACCCAGGAAACGCAUUAAAUCAGCAAGAAAACCAGAAACCUAUGAUGCCUGCUGGUGGUGUGCGUGAGAAUGCGAUGGGGAAAGGGAAAGGGCCAACUGUGCUGAUAUCGGAAACGCCAGAAUGUUCCGUGGAUGUCAAAAGAAUCUGCGCGGAGGGUGACUGGGGCAACAACUUCAGAACUCUCUCCUGCUUAUCCCUCCGAAAAGACGACACUGACUUAUCUGAUGAUUGUCAUACGUAUGUAUGGGAGUACAAACGACAGAUGUCAACUGACCCCAGAUUCACACCGAUGUUGGCCGAGACAUGCAAAGAAGACAUCGAACAACUGAAAAAGGAAGGUACUUGUGGAUCAGCUGAGCAGGUGGAAUCGAAUAUUGUAUCAUGCCUGAUGCUGCACAAGGAAAAGAUCAUGAAGGGAGAGGGAAGGUGCUAUCACAUGGUCAACAGGAUAUCCACGAUCGUGUUCCAAGACUACCGACUCAUCGGACCCUUCUACGAGAUGUGCAAAGAUGACGUCAACAAACUCAAGUGCGGGUCAGUCGACUCCGAUCAGAAGGCAGCUCAUUCACAAGGACAUGUCAUUGAGUGUCUUCGUACCAAAGUGAAGGACGUAUCGGCGAAUUGUAAAAAGGAAAUCCUUUUGGUGGCUGAACUGCAAGCUGAUGACUUCAAUCUGGAUCGAGCUCUCUAUUUUGCUUGCAAGUACGACAGGAACAAGCUGUGCGCGUCUGUCGCAGCUGGAAAAGGCAGAGUGUUCGAAUGUCUUAUGGACAACAAGGCGAACCAGGAAAUGUCACCAGAGUGCAAAGGGGCUCUGAGCAACAGACAGAAAUUGAUAAUAGAAGACCCGAAGGUGAGCUUUCCUCUGAAACAGUACUGUAUGGAAGACCUGGAGAGGUUCAAGGGCCAGUGUGACUUCAAUGGAAUGGCAGAAGAGCACUCUCAGAUGGCCAGCAUGCUGCUCUGUCUUGAGUUCAAACAACGCAGUGCUCUAUCACAGCAAGCAAUGCCUGAUGGCAAAGCGGAUAAAGUCAAUAGCCAACCACUGACGGCGAAAUGUGUGGAUGCAAUGAAAGGGGCUCGUAAAAUGCUCAUGAGCGACUAUGAGUUGAACCCUGCCAUCGUGAAGCACUGUAGUACAGUCAUUACGGACUAUUGCGGAGGAAUGGAGAAAGGAGGAAAGACCCUGCACUGCCUCAUGAAGCUUGGCAAAAUGCCCAAUGAACACAGCUUCAACAUGGAAGAAACAGUUCCCAAAUGCUUCCAAUCGAUUGAGUUCCUGAUCAGAAGUGCCAACCCAGCUGAAGAAAUUUCGACCGAUGCAGUCUUACUAGAAGCGUGCAAACCCGUGUUGGAUAAAAACUGCAGAAAGCGAAACGGUGAGUACGCGAAGGAUGCUGUUGGAUGUUUGUUUGACUUGAUUGACGACGAAGACGUAAUGACUGAAGAUUGUUCCGAAGUUCUUCUGGAAAUUUCCUACUUCACCGCCAGAGACUGGGCGCUUGACCGAAAACUUUUCAGAGCCUGCAGCAAAGACGCGCGUGAUAAGUGUAAUGUCGAUAAAUGGGCAACCAAAGACCAAGCCACACAUGGUGAAACGUUCGCCUGUCUAUAUCGACAUAUUAACAAUGAGCGGGCGGAUUUGAAGUUGAGCGAAGAGUGUACGGGAGAAGUUAUCAGAGUGAUGAAGAACAGGGCUGUUCGUGUGGGCUUGAACCCAUUCGUUGAGUUCCAAUGUCGUGCAGACUUGGCUUCGUAUUGCUCGGACCCCGAAACGACCGGCAAGCACCGCGAGAUGGAAUGUCUUCAGGAUAUCUAUCGGACUGAGUCCUCGAACCGAGGCAAUGAUGCGGAUGAACCAACUUUGAGCAGUGAGUGCAAACGUGCACUAAAGAACUACACCAAGAUUGAGACCGAGGAAGUUGAAAUCAAUCGAAAGUUGUUCCAGUCAUGUAAACCAAUGAUUGAGAAGUACUGCGCAGAAGAGAAAAGAGGAACGACUAACCAGGGAAAUCUCUUCAACUGCAUGGUUAAGAACAAAAACAAACCUGAUGUUCAUGAGAUUUGUGUUGCGGGAAUUGAACACAUGCAGCUGAUUCAACUGAAAGAUUUCGAAUUUGACGUCAAGUUUAGAAAGAAAUGCAGAGGUGACGUCGAUGCUUACUGUCCAAACGCUAAAUCCAAAGAUGAAGUAGUGACUUGUCUGUCGAAGACCAUUCGAGAUGACAGGAUUAGAGGCCAGGCUAUGAGAAUCAGCGACAACUGUCAGGAAGAAUUGAAGCGUCCUUUACAGGAAAAGUACGAAGAUGUAAAGAUGGACAGGGAAAUAUACGUGACGUGCAAGGCUGAUAUCAAAGAGUACUGUGGCGAUGUGAAGAGUGGGCAAGGAAGAAUGCUGGAGUGUCUGAAAGACCACAAAGAGGAUCUCUCGGCUGUUUGCAGGAACAAGAUCUUCCAGCGACAGGAAGAGGAAGCAAGUGAACCCGAAAAAGUACAGGAGAAGGACUACGUGUUGAACAGAGCAUGCAAGUCCAUGAUUAACCAGUUCUGCGAGGACGAGCAGAAUGUACUCAAAUGUCUAUGGAAGCACAGGUUGCAUGACGGAUUUGAGGAAAAAUGUCUCAAGAUUGUUCACAAGCGAAUGGCAACCAAAGGAGAAGAUGUGCGUCUGAAUGCUGAUAUGUUCCGAGCCUGCCAGAUGGACAUCAAGACUCAGUGUAAAGAGGUUCUGGAACAAGCCAAGGCGAAAGCACAGAGCGACACCAGCAUCCAGGAGUACCAGGGCGUUGUUAUUCAAUGUCUGAGGGAGAACUACGCGAAUGAUAAAUUGACGGAGAAGUGCAGUGUGGAAGUACAGCAGUUCAUCCGAGCCUCAGCCUCCGAGUGGAAGAUGGACUUCAGACUGAGGAUGAUGUGCAGGAGUGUGGUGAAGGAAUUCUGCAGCGAGAAGCCCCCGAACAAAGUAGAAGAAUGUCUGAAGAAUAAGUUCGCCUCUGAACAGAUCACAGAUGCCAUUGAUCCACAGGAAAAAUGCCGAAAUGAGAUUAAACGGGUACUGGACGAGGGAGCCAUGGAUAUCCAGGCGGACCCAGUGCUGCAAAAGACUUGCUCUCUUGACAUUGAACAUGUAUGUCCGCAAGUAGCUCAUGGAAAAGGAAGACAAUUGACUUGUUUGCUGGAAAAGAUGAACAGUGGCGCGCGCAUCUCGACUGACUGCAAGAGUCUGCUGCAGUUGCGCGUGCAGAUGUGGAAGUUAGCGGGAGACAGGGUGCAUCGAGUGGACACUAUGGGAGACCUGAUGGUGCAGAUCAAUGAGUCCUCCAACCGACACUACUUCCUCACCAUAUUCGGAAUGCUUAUCACUGUCAUCUUUUUCGGUGGACUCCUGUUCGGACGAGUGACGAAGCGAGUCGCCCGUGAGAUGAAGAGCCGAUAGAUCUUAAAUUACUUAAGAUCACAUCUUGAACAAAAGCAGAGACUUAAAAGACAAAUCACACAACUAAAAUGCAGCAGCCAAUACACAUGCUCACGCCGAAAUAUUACAUGGAUUCAAUGAUAUUUUGUUUCCUCACAAGACCCUGCAGCUAAGAUAUGUUACCAGCCAUGAUACAUAUACAAAAGUUACUAUGCAAGGUGUUCAAGUCGCAGCAUUGAAAUCUGAACUUGAUCAUAAAUUAGUGAACAAUUCUGCGACAUGUAAGUUUUUCCGACUAAUCAUAGGUGCUGAAAGCUUCGUUUAUGAACGGUUAUAUGUUCUCUUGUAAAUAAUUGCUAUAUACCUUCUUUCAUAGUAACAUUCUCUGGUCAUGGUUGUCAGUUUGUAUUGAUAGAGAUGGUUUUUGCUCACAGUUUCUCGGUCAAGCUGACAAUUUUGAGUUUGUAUGUUAAAUAUUUUUUUUCUGAUAUCUAGUUCAAAACUGAUAAUAAUUAACAUCCUCCAGAAUAUAAUGGUGUAUGAUGCCUUGGUUUUGAAACGUGUUUACUAUGGUAUCUUUCCGUUAUCCUUUUUCAUAUCAUCCCUAAUUGUUGAAAACACGCUGGGAAGUGCUAUGACAUAUGUAGCAUGCUUUUGAACCACUUCUCUUGAAAAUGGUAUUAAAUUGACCUCAGAAAGUUUGAGUGCUUGAUUUUGCAACUGCGCGGGGUUUCGAUUCGAUAGUUAAUUUGUCCGCUUUCCAUGUAAUUCACAAUUGGACUAAAAUUAUAUGUCUACUGAUUUAAAUAUUAUAAAGGUAUUUUACUUAUUGUAAAUAAAUUGAGAAUCAAUUCGUAAACCAUGCAAAUUGAAGCAUUCCAAUGCUUAA